AUGGCUAUUGUAGGGGCCAUGUCUGAGGUGGCGACCCUGAAGCAAGCGCUGCUCGAGGCCGAUAAGAGGUCGGCCGCGGAGCACACUGAGCGAGAAAAGUAUGAGGCCAAGGUUGGCAAGGUGCGGCAAGAGCUCCAGGCUCUCAUGGAAAAACAUGAGAGUUUGGAGCGUGACUCAAGGACGCGAGCGUCCGAGCUCGCGGCGGCUACUGAAAGUGCCAAGUCUGCCAAGGCCGAAUCCUCGAAGACCCUCCAGGAGUUGGAUGAGGUGAAGAAGAUAGCGGCGGGUAAGGCAUUCUUUAUGAAAAGUAAACACAUAAGCGUGAGUUACUUAUUACUUACCCGAAUCCGGAGUUCUCCUGGCGCGUUCGCAGAUCUUCCCCGGAGUAUAUCUGAUGCCGCCGCAUUCUAUCAAGCUGAGGAGGGCAGCUCGACGGAGAAGGUGUUCUGGUCUCAGUACGCUGAGGCCGGACACCCCGUGCCCCUGAGCGACCAGUUGAAGCAACUGGUCGAGCUCCACAAGGCGGCCGAACAGGCCAUGAAGGGCCUCAUAGUUCGGUUGUGGCCUGGAGAGGCUCAGCCUGGGAGCUAUUUCGGGCUAGUGCGACGGCUGGUGGAGGCCUGUCCAAGGCUCGAAGUCAUCAAGCGCUCCGUCUACAUUGAAGGUGCCCGUAGGGCCCUUGCCCAUGCGAAGGUGCACUGGGGCAAGCUGGAUGCUGAGAAGCUUGUGAAGGACGGGCCACCGCCGGGGAAAGAGCAUCGCAAGCCCGAAAAUUAUUAUAAGGAUGUUCUGAAGGGUGCCCGCCUUGUGGCGGAUGAAUGUUCUAUGGAUGUAAUUUUUGAAUAA